AUGCCGCUAAUGAGACAAACAACGGUGGCAAGAAUCACUGGAGAUGAAAAGAAAGCAGGAGGGCCUGUUGGGGCAGAACUACCUAUAACUCACACAGGACACAAACUUUACCAGUGUCAUGAUUGUAAAAAAUCCUUCAUUGAUGUCUCCAGCUUUGAUCUUCAUCAAAAGUUACAUGCAAGAGUAAAGUCUCACACAUGUGAUGAGUGUGGAAAAAACUUCGGUUAUAGCCCAGCUCUUUGUAUUCAUCAGAGAGUUCACAUGGGAGAGAAACGUAAGUCUGAUGUGUAUGGUAAAGAAUUCAGCCACAGCUCACAUCUGCAAACUCAUCAUAGGGUCCACACUGUAGAGAAACCAUUCAAAUGUGUAGAAUGUGGGAAAGGCUUCAGCCGUAGAUCAACACUUACUGUGCAUUGCAAAUUACACACAGGAGAGAAACCUUAUAAUUGUGAGAAAUGUGGUAGGGCCUUCAUACGUGCUUCCCAUCUUCAAGAACAUCAGAGAAUCCAUACGGGGGAGAAACCAUUUAAAUGUGAUACAUGUGGUAAGGACUUCCGCCGUAGAUCAGCACUUAAUACUCACUGCAUGGUCCACACAGGAAAGAAACCGUAUAACUGUGAGGACUGUGGAAAGUGUUUCACUUAUAGCUCAAAUCUUCGUAUCCAUCAGAGGGUCCACACAGGCGAGAAACCUUACAAAUGUGAAGAAUGUGGUAAGUGUUUUAUUCAGCCUUCACAAUUUCAGGCACAUCAGAGAAUCCAUACAGGAGAGAAGCCAUAUGUAUGUAAAAUAUGUGGUAAGGGCUUCAUUUACAAUUCAAAUUUUCAUGCCCAUCAGGGAGUUCACACUGGAGAGAAACCAUACAAAUGUGAUGAGUGUGGGAAGAGGUUUAGGAUGAAAAUCCAAUAUCAAGUACAUCUGGUAAUCCACACAGAAGAGAAACCUUAUAAAUGUGAGGUAUGUGGGAAAUCCUUCCGUCAGAGUUCAUAUCUUAAAAUACAUCUGAAAACACAUAGGGUGGAGAAACCUUAUAAGUGUGAAGAGUGUGGACAGGGCUUCAAUCAGAGUUCGCAACUACAGAUUCACCAGCUGAUCCAUACUGGUGAGAAACCAUACAAAUGUGAAGAGUGUGGAAAGGGAUUCAGUCGUAGAGCCAAUCUUAAAAUUCAUUGUAGAAUCCACACAGGAGAGAAACCUUAUAAAUGUGAGGUGUGUGGGAAAGCCUUCUGUCAGAGUUCGUAUCUUAAAAUCCAUCUGAAAGCACAUUGUGUGGAAAAACCUUAUAAGUGUGAAGAGUGUGGACAGGGUUUCAGUCUGCGUUCACGGCUGCAGAUUCACCAGCUGAUCCAUACUGGUGAGAAACCAUACAAAUGUGAAGAGUGUGGAAAGGGAUUCAUUCGUAGAGCAGAUCUUAAAAUUCAUUAUAGAAUCCACACAGGAGAGAAACCAUAUAGUUGUGAGGAAUAUACCAUAUCAGGUUAUCCUUCCUCAAAGGAAUUUGUACCAGAAAUCCCAAAAGGUUAA